GGCCCCGAGGGCCGCGCGCGCCUCGCCGACUCCCGCCCUCGGCUCCCGGCGGCGCGGGCCCGUCGUCCCGGCAACGCGGCGGCGCGGCGAGGUUUCGACUCUGACCAGGUGUGUGUCCCGUCAUGGCCCUCUAUUUUGACCACCAGAUCGACGCCCGGGAUGCAGCGGGGGCCCCUUCUCACAUCAGCUGGCACCCCGUCCUCCCGUUCUUGGCAGUGGCUUACAAGAGCAGCACCUCAGGAGGCAUCGUGGACACCUAUCUGGAGCAGGGUCAGCGUGUGCUUGAUAUACAUAUUGAGAGGCCAUCCCAGGUCACUUUGCUGUGCUGGCACCCAACGCGGCUGAUCCUGGCCAUCGGCUGGGAGAUGGGAGAAGUGACAGUGUUUAACCAGCAGGACAGGGAGCAGCACGCUGUGCCCAUGAUGCACACCUGUGCCAUCACCGUCCUCAGCUGGAGCACCAGUGGGAGCUGCCUCGUGUCCGGGGACAAGCUCGGGGUUCUGCUUUUGUGGAGGUUGGAUCAGAGGGGUCGAGUCCAAGGUGCGCCUCUGCUGAAACACGAGUAUGGAAAACACCUCACGCGCUGCAUCUUCCAGCUUCCCCCUCCUGGCGAGGACCUGGUCCAGUUGGCCAAGGCGGCUGUGAGUGGCGAUGAAAAAGCCCUGGACAUGUUUAACUGGAGGAAAAGCGGCUUUGGAAACUCCCCGAAGACGGGCUCCCAAGAGGGGCUGUCGUUCUUCGUCAGUCUGACAGAUGGGACCGUGCACUACGUGGACAAGAAAGGCAAGACGGCAUGCGUGGCAUCCACAGAUGGCUCCAUCCAGACAAUGUUCUACCUCGAGAAAAGAGAGGCACUGGUGGUGGUCACGGAGAACCUUCUGCUGUCCCUGUACACGGUGACACCUGCCGGUGAAGCAGAAGAAAUGAUGAAGGUGAAGCUGAGCGGGAAAACAGGUCACCGAGCAGACAUCAUCCUGAUUGAGGACAGCCUCCUCGUGACGGCCCUGGGAGAGGCAGUCCUCAGGUUCUGGGAUUUAGGACGAGAAGAGAAUUACGUGCUGAGUCUAGAGGAGUCAUGUGGCUUUGAGAGAGGAGAGAACAUAAACUGUGUCUGUUACUGCGCGGUCAAAGGCCUUCUUGCAGCUGGCACCGACAGAGGGCGAGUGGCCAUGUGGAAGAGGGUCCCAGGCCCGCUGAGCAGCCGCUGGGUGGACGGCAAAGACAGGUGGGCGCUGCAGUCGCCCGCUGAGCUGGAGGGAGCCAUCAGACAAGUAGAGUGGGGCUCCAGGAAGAACCUUCUGGCGGUGAACCUCGUCAGCUCCGUGGUGAUCCUCAAGGAGCAGGCUCUCUCGUCCCAUUUCCACCAGCAAGUGGCCGCCGUGCAGAUCUCCCCGAGCUCGCUCAGCGUGUCCUUCCUGUCCACGGGGGCAACACACAGCUUGCGCACAGACAUGCACGUCAGUGGCGUGUUUGCCACCAAGGACGCUGUCGCCGUCUGGAACGGAAAGCAGGUGCUGAUCUUCGAGCCUUCUGGAGCCGUGAUGCGGAACGCAGGCGCCUUCCUGUGCGAGUCCCCAGUGCUAGCAAUGCAUGAGGAAAACGUGUACACCGUGGAGCCAAACCGCGUCCAAGUUCGCACCUGGCAGGGGACGGUCAAACAGCUCCUGCUCUUCUCCGAGAACGAGGGGAACCCCUGCUUCUUGGAUGUCUGUGGGAACUUCCUGGGUGUCGGAACAGACCUGGCUCACUUUAAAAGCUUUGAUCUUUCCCGAAGAGAGGCCAAGGUACACUGCAACUGCAAGAACCUGGCGGAGCUGGUCCCGGGCGUGGGGGGCAUCUCCUCACUGCGGUGCAACGCCGGCGGAAACCGCAUCAGCUUCCUGCUCAGCUCGACUUACAGUGUUCCUGAUUCCAAGAUCUGCUUCUACGACGUGGAAAUGGACACGGUGACUGUCUUUGACUUCAGAGCUGCACAGAUGGGUCAGGGGGAGACGCUGUCCUUCAGCCGACAGGAGAGCCACAAGAACCACCUCUUUGCGAAUGAGCAGCUGAGGAACCACGUGCCUGUGAACCAUUUCUGGGAUCAGAGUGAGCCCAGGCUUUUCGUGUGUGAGGCCGUGCAGGUGACGCCAGGCGCCCAGCUGCAGCCAACAGAGAAGCCCCGCACCGAGGACAGCACCGACCCCAUGGCAGAGGUGAUGAUUCUGUCCUUCUUCGUGUCGGAGGAACACGGCUUCCUGCUCCACGACAGCUUCCCCCUGCCUCCCAGCUGCCAGGCGCUUCUCGGGAUGGAGGUGCCCCACUACUACUUCACCAGAAAGCCCGGAGAAGCAGACAAAGAAGACAGGGCGGACUCGGGGUAUCACUGCACACCCCAGGUGGUGAUCAGGAGGCCCCUGCGGGACUUCGUGGGGCUGGAGGACUGUGACAAGCCCACUCGGGACGCCGUGCUCAACUUCAGCUUCUCUGUCACAGUCGGGGACAUGGACGAAGCUUUCAGGUCCAUCAAACUCAUCAAGAGCGAGACCGUCUGGGAGAACAUGGCCCGCAUGUGUGUGAAGACGCAGCGGCUGGAUGUGGCCAAGGUGUGCCUGGGGAACAUGGGCCACGCCCGCGGGGCCCGGGCACUGCGCGAGGCCGAGCGGGAGCCGGAGCUGGAGGCCCGUGUGGCCAUGCUGGCCGUACAGCUGGGCAUGCUGGAGGACGCCGAGCAGCUGUACCAGAAAUGCAAGCGCUACGACCUUCUCAACAAGUUUUACCAGGCCUCAGGCCAGUGGCAGAAAGCUAUGGAGGUCGCCGAGCGCCACGACCGUGUCCACCUGCGCACUACCUACUACAACUAUGCCAGGCACCUGGAGGCCAGUGCCGACCGCAGCCUGGCCCUCAGUUACUACGAGAAGUCAGACACCCACCGCUUCGAGGUGCCGCGGAUGCUCUCGGAAGACCUGCAGGCCCUGGAGCUGUACGUCAAUAAGAUGAAGGACAGGACCCUGUGGCGGUGGUGGGCCCAGUACCUGGAGAGUCAGGCGGAGAUGGACACGGCGCUGCGCUACUACGAGCUGGCACAGGAUACCUUCUCCCUGGUCCGCAUCCACUGCUUCCAGGGCGACGUUCGGAAGGCUGCGGAGAUCGCCAACGAGACCGGGAACUGGGCAGCGUCCUAUCACCUGGCCCGCCAGUACGAGAGCCAGGAGGAGGUGCGGCAGGCAGUGCACUUCUACACGCGGGCGCAGGCCUUCAACAACGCGAUCCGCCUGUGCAAGGAGAAUGGUCUGGAUGACCAGCUCAUGAACCUGGCCCUGCUGAGCUCCCCGGAAGACAUGAUCGAGGCGGCCCGGUACUACGAGGAGAAAGGCGAGCAGAUGGAUAGGGCAGUCAUGCUGUACCACAAGGCCGGCCACUUCUCCAAGGCCCUGGAGCUGGCCUUUGCCACCCAGCAGUUCGUGGCCCUGCAGCUCAUAGCGGAGGACUUGGAUGAGAAGUCGGACCCUGCCCUGCUGGCCCGCUGCUCGGACUUCUUCAUGGAGCACAGCCAGUACGACAAGGCGGUGGAGCUGCUGCUGACAGCCAAAAAGUAUCACGAAGCCCUGCAGUUGUGUCUGGAGCAGAAUAUGACCAUCACCGAGGAGAUGGCCGAGAAGAUGACCGUGCCCAAGGACUCCAAGGACCUGUCUGAGGAGGCCCGGCGCGAGCUGCUGGAGCAGGUGGCCAACUGCUGCAUGCGCCAGGGCAGCUACCACCUGGCCACCAAGAAGUACACCCAGGCCGGAAACAAGCUGAAGGCCAUGAGGGCGUUGCUCAAGUCCGGAGACACCGAGAGAAUUGUGUUCUUCGCGGGCGUCUCCAGGCAGAAGGAAAUCUACGUCAUGGCCGCCAACUACCUGCAGUCCCUAGACUGGCAGAAGGAGCCGGAGAUCAUGAAGAACAUCAUCAGCUUCUACACCAAGGGCCGGGCCCUGGACCUGCUGGCUGGCUUCUAUGACGCCUGUGCGCAGGUGGAGAUCGACGAGUACCAGAACUAUGACAAAGCCCACGGGGCCCUGACCGAGGCCUACAAGUGCCUGUCCAAGGCCAAGGCCAAGAGCCCCUUGGACCAGGAGACCAAGCUAGCCCAGCUGCAGAGCAAGCUGACCCUGGUGAAGAGGUUCAUCCAAGCCCGCAGGACAUACACGGAGGACCCCAAGGAGUCCGUCAGGCAGUGUGAGCUGCUCCUGCAGGAGCCAGACCUGGACAGCAUCAUCCGCGUGGGGGACGUCUACGGCUUCCUGGUGGAGCACUUCCUGCGGACGGAGGAGCACCAGACGGCCUACAAGUACCUGGAGGAGAUGCGGAAGACACUUCCUGCCGCCAACAUAUCCUACUACGUGGACCAGCGGACGGUGGACGCCGUGCACCAGGGCCUGGGCCUGCCUCUGGUGCGCACCGCGCCCGAGCGGAUCCGCCACAACAGCAUGGAGGAACAGAGGGACGUGGACGACGUGGCAGAGGAGGUCGAGGGCGAGCCCUGAGGGCCGGCCACAGGCCUGCUGCUGGGUCAGGGCGGACAGGGCUGCUCGGAGUAGCGGGGGCAGCUUUUUGUUAACACCCCUCUGUAGGCGUGCACCCCUGGAUGGGGUACCGCUCUGCCUGUCCCGCUCCGUGUGUAGGAGGCAGAGUGCCAGCCUGCAAGUGCUCAGUGGCCCUGUGUGUAGAGGGAGUUGGAUUCCUCCCACCUAUAUUUUCCUACUGCAGACUGUCAAGCCUUAGAAACUUCUAGAACCUCGUGAGCUGAGGCUGUACCCAGGGGUGGGCUUAUACCUGUUACCCUUGUAUACCGUGCUUCCUCCCUGCCCUUGCCUGUAGGUGGUUCUGGGCUCCUGGCAGGGAUGGCCCUGGCCACAGCCCAGAUGCAGCCAGGCCCGAGCCCCACGGCAGUGUCCCGUCCCCAGAGGGGCACGGUGUCACUCCCCACCUGUUGGCCGCCAGCCCUCCCAGAACGCCAAUAAAGUCUAUUUUCUCA